AUGGUGCUUUCACAGCCCCCAAAGAAAAUUGUGUCAUCACCGGCAUCUGAAGGUCUUUGCAGAGGCAAAGGAAAGCAAGACAGUGAAGCAAAGUCAGAAACAAAAAAUGACGCUAGUGAAACCGAGCCUGAAGAAGGGUCAGAAAAGAAGAAGAAAAAGAAGAAAAAGAAGAAAAAAACAAAGUCAUCUACUGAUGUAGAGAAACCUCAAAAUGAAUCUACUACAAUACAGGAACCACCAAGGAUUGAGGAUGCUGAGGAGUUUCCUGAUCUGGCAGCUGCUUCUGAUAGGAGAAACAGACUAGGAUCUCAGAAAUCGUUAUUUACUCCUGCUGUCAGAAAGCAGUCUGAAAUCCAUCUCCCUGAAGAGCCUUGGGAUAGUCGGUCUCCCACACUGGAUGGAACUCCCAAGGUGGAUGGACUUUCAGGGAAGCAAGCUUCCUCUUCUAUAUUAGAAAGAAAGAAAAUGCAGGAAACAUCCAGGAGCAGUGGUAAGAAGAGUCAAAUUCCUGUGCAAUUGGAUUUGGGUGGCAUGCUGGCAGUCUUGGAGCAGAAGCAGCAAACAGAGAAGUCAAAACAGUCUUCUAAACCUGUGGUGUUUUCAGUUGGUGGUGCCAUACCAUUACUUUCUAAAGAACCUGCUACAGCCACAAAAAGUCACCGGUUAAACCAAGGAAAGAUGCCUCAUAACCCUUUGGAUUCCAGCGCUCCUUUGGUAAAGAAAGGGAAACAGAGAGAAGUCCCUAAAGCAAAGAGACCAACACCUCUUAAAAAGAUUAUUCUGAAAGAAAGAGAACAACGAAAACAGCAACACCUGUUAGAACAGAGAGCAGUACCAAAAGAUGAAGAUAAUAUUUGUCAGUCUGCAGAAAAUAUUCCUGAAGAUGAAACGCUUCCACAGGAGAGUCAAGCAGCUGUUCCUGUAACACAAGUUGCUGAAGGGGUUGUGGAGAACACAGGGAUCAAGGAAUCUACAGAAGGUUCUAUGACUUCAAAGCAACUAACCUCCAAUCUUCCAAAAAUCCAUAGUAGGAAUUUUAGAGAUUAUUGCAGUCAGGUACUUAGUAAAGAAGUUGAUGGUUGUGUGACAGAUCUCUUAAAAGAACUGGUUCGUUUCCAAGAUCGCUUGUAUCAGAAAGACCCAGUAAAGGCCAAGAUAAAACGGAGGCUUGUUAUGGGUCUUAGAGAAGUUUUGAAACAUCUGAAGCUGAAAAAACUGAAGUGUGUUAUCAUCUCUCCUAACUGUGAAAAGAUUCAGUAAAAGGGUGGGUUGGAUGAGACUCUACACAACAUUAUUGACUGCGCCUGUGAACAGAAUAUCCCCUUUGUUUUUGCCCUUAAUCGCAAGGCCCUAGGCCGCUGUGUGAACAAAGCAGUGCCUGUGAGUGUGGUGGGAAUUUUUAGCUAUGAUGGGGCUCAGGACCAUUUUCAUAGAAUGGUACAACUGACAACAGAGGCCAGGAAGGCCUACAAAGAUAUGAUAGCAGCUUUAGAGGAACAAGCUGAAGGAGGACUAAGAGAAACCCAACCCAGCAUGUUAACCACUGAAUAUGAAAAAAAUGGCUUAUCAGAAACUGAUAAAACAUCUUCCAAGGACUCUGAUGAGGAUGUACCAAAUUAUAUUAAAAUCUGGAAGAGAAAACUUGAAGAGGAGUAUAACCCAUAUGCACUGGAACUGGAAAAGAGUGCAACUGCUGACAUGGUGAUAGUGAAUUCAGAAGAGCAUCAGUAA